UCUCCACCAACGCCGCCGCGCCCCAAUCCGCCUCCCCGUCCACAUGCACCCGCCGCCGGCCGCCUACCACCAGCCGCUCCCUCUCCCCGCGUCAGCAAAGCACCAGCACCAUCAGCAGAAGCUCACCGCCGCGAUCCAGCUCCAGGCGGCGGCGUCAUUAUCUUCCCCGACGAUCGAGAUCCGGGAGGUCUGGAAGCACAACCUCCGGGAAUCCCUGGCCCAAAUCGCCGCCCUGCUGCCCAACUACCCGGUGAUCUGUCUCGACACGGAGUUCCCGGGCACGAUCCACGACGACCCAGCCACGCCGCGCCACCUGCGGUCCGCCCACGAGAGCUACGCGCUCGUCCGCCGCAACGCCGACGAGCUCCGCCACCUGCUGCAGCUGGGCCUGGCCCUCGUGGGCGCCGGGGGACGGGCCCUCCCCGUCGUCUGGCAGUUCAACUUCCGCGGCUUCGACCCGGCCCGCGGCGACCCGCACUCGCCGGCCUCCAUCGCCAUGCUCGAGGCCCACGGGCUGGACUUCGGCCGGCUCAAGGCCCACGGGAUCGACCCGCGGGCCUUCGCUGACGAGUUCAACCGAUCGGGCUUCGCUCGCAUGCCGGGGCUGUCGUGGGUGGCCUUCUCGGGGGCGUACGACUUCGCGUACCUGGCCAAGGUGCUCCGCCGCGGGCGCCGGCUGCCGGAGACGCUCGACGGGUUCAAGGGGCUCGUGGGCCGGCUGUUUGGGCCGUGGGUGCUCGACGUCAAGUACAUUGCCAGGACAUGUGGGAUAAGGGGCGGGCUCGAGCAGGUGGCCGGGGCGCUCGGCGUGGAGAGGGCCGCGGGCCGCGCCCACAAUGCCGGGUCCGAUAGCCUGCUCACCGCCGACGUGCUCCUGGCCUUGAUCGCGCGCUUCUUCACCUACGUUGAUGUUCGCUCGGUCUAUGCCGGAGCCAUCGACGGCCUCGUAGUCUAGUCUCUAGUGUUCUUGAGGGUUUAAUGUAGUCAAGGAAGGAUCUUGGUUCUAAGUUAUUCUAAAAAUAAAAGUUAAGCGAGUUGGUAA